AUGAUUUCCGGGUUUCGCCCGGUUCCGGGCCGUUAUUCCGCAACAUGUCGAGCAUACUUUGGCAUUGCUCGAUUCCAUAGAACAUCAAAAUGCGCCUUUCAUGUUGAUGGGCGCAGUCGGGUGUCUAAUUUCUGGAUCCCGACGGGCGGUAUUACCAAAAAGCCCGUCCAGGGUGAGAAAGAGGAUGCCAAUGACCUUUUGAUCCGAGGUGGCUUUUUGCGACAGGCUUACUCGGGAAUAUUCCAUAUGCUACCUCUGGGACUGCGUGUGCAAGAUAAGCUGGAGCGUCUCAUUGAUAAGCAUAUGCGAACAGUUGGCGCAUCUAAGGUGUCUCUAUCAUCUCUAUCCGCCCAGGAACUUUGGGAGCAGUCUGGGCGUCUCAAAGAGGGCUCGGAGAUCUUUCGCUUUCAGGAUCGGAAAGAGUCCCGCUUUCUCCUUGCUCCAACUCAUGAAGAGGAAAUCACCACAUUGGUAGGACAUCUUACCAAAUCGUAUAGAGAUCUGCCCGUGCGGGUGUACCAAAUAUGUGAGUAUAUCAUCCACAGCUGA